AUGCUAUUCUUUCAAUUAUCAAUACUCUACUAUUUAAUAGCCUCGACCAGUGCGACCAGGCUGAUCAAGCAUGACGAGAGUUUUAUUCCAGACAUAGUCCUCCGUGUGGGGUUGACCACCAUUCUACAAAGUUGCGAACCUCGUCUAAGUGUUGUUGUAAAUGGCACGUAUCCUGGACCGCCCAUCUAUCUGGAAACUGAUGUGACAACGUGGGUCAGAGUCUACAAUGACGCGGACGUCAAUACUACCAUGCACUGGCAUGGCUUAACCCAAUCGACCUCUCCAUUUGCCGACGGAACACCACUAGCCUCGCAAUGGCCGAUACCUCCUGGACACUUUUUCGACUACGAGCUUCACCCUGAUAACUCGGAAGCUGGCACAUACUUCUACCAUACCCAUGUUGGUUUCCAAGCCAUCACAGCUAACGGUGUCCUCAUCGUCAAAGACCCUGUUGCACCUCCAUACCAAUACGACGACGAGAUCAUCCUUCAUAUCGGCGACUUCUACCCUAAGGAUGACCACGAGCUGGAGACUAUGCUUACGUCUUCGCCGCAUCGAUGGACUGGUGACCCGGCCGCCCUUCUAAUCAACGGCCAGAGUGGUAUAGCCCCGACAGUCGAGAACAUGACGCCGGACAAGUCGUGCCAACCACACAUUAUCAACGUACAACCUGGCACCACUUACCGUCUGAGGGUGAUUGGUGCCACAGCCAUCUCAAUGGUUACCUUUGCCAUCGACCAUCAUACGUCGCUGGACAUCAUCGCAGCUGAUAGCUACUACACUCAAAAAUACACGACCGACCACAUUCAAGUUCAGACUGGUCAACGAUUCGAUGCGCUUUUGACGACAAAAUCACAGGCUGAACUCGAUAAGAUGGGCAACAACCAGUUUUGGGUUCAGUUCGAGACGCGCGAAGCAGGCAGUGUUCAAAGAGCCUAUGCUAUCCUUAACUACCAGACCACUACCGCCAGAGGACCACCAAAAGCCCGACGUGACCAAGCAACAUAUACCUGGGCGCCUGUGCAGGCUCCAAGCUCUGUUAGUCCUGUACCGGUACCGACGCAGAUCGAUGUCGACCAGCAAACACCGUCCAAUGCGACACUGAAAUAUGACGACAUUGCCUACAUCCCCAUCAAUCCUCCACUCGAAGUUCCCUACUCACCAGACUGGCUUGAAUAUGCUUUGGUGAACCUACAGCUACCAUGUUAUUUGGAGCCUAUCGAUUCGUCUGAGGUCACGCGCCGCAUCGUCGUGGGCUGGACUCAGCUGGCUAGCAAGAAACAAUCAGGUCGGACAGUCUAUCUUGGCUCAUUGCCUGGACAAGAUCCAGCUGCUGGGGAAGGAUAUUCAUGGUUUGAUGCUCAGCCAUCUGGACCAAGCUACCCUACACCGUACCUUAUCGACAUUUACAGGCACGGCCAAGCUGGAGCACCAGACUAUGAGCGUGCAAUGGCCAACGGUGGAAUUGAUCCAGUACUGCAGGCUUGGCCGGCGCGAAUUGGAGAAGUGCUGGAAAUUGUGUGGCAGAACGAAGCAUCUGAUACGGGCAAGUAUGGUAUCCAUCCCCUGCAUGCACAUGGAGGGCCAUACUUCGACAUCGGGUCUGGUCCAGGUACCUAUGACCCUGACGCAAACAAUGUCAAGCUCGCAGAAUCUGGGUGGAAGGGUACACUACGGGAUACCACCAUCCUUCCUGCACCUGCACCAGGUGGUAGGCCGUAUUCAGUCAAUGGUUGGCGGGCGUGGCGUGUCAGAAUCACCAAGGCCAAUGUUGGUGUCUGGUCGAUGCACUGUCACAUCUUGCAGCACGUUAUAAUGGGUCAGCAGACCAUUUGGGUCUUUGGCAACGCUGGUGAUAUUACCAAGGGCAGUAAUGGGGCACAGAGCGAGUUGCAAGGAUACUUUACUUAUGGCGGUGAUGUCGUCGGAAGUGAAGGUCAAGGAAAGCGUGGACUCGAGAAGAAAUGGCCCACCGUCGCACACUUUUUCGAGCCAACAGGACCUAGGCGUAGGAUAUGA